UGGAUAUCGUGAUACUAUUAAUAGUUAUUAUUAUAGUUAUACUAUGUAUGAUAAUAAGAAUAAUAAAAUUUCUUUAAAUUUAAUUCCUUAUGAUGAAGAAUUAAAGAUUACUGAAGAUAAUCAAGAGAUUAAUUAUAAAUAUGAGAUCAUUAGAAGUCAUCCAGAUAACCGUAUUAUAUUUCAACAAGAAAAUGAAAUGGAAAUUUAUGAACAAAAAUCAUCAGAAAAAAGUUUAGGGGAAAUUAUUAAUAUUUUUCCUGAUCAAAAUAUUAAUUCAAGAACAGAUUUAAGAAUUAGAGUUUAUAUAAAGAUUAUAGAGAAGAAAUCACAUAUGAAACCCCCACCAAAAUUAUUAUUACCUCAUUUCAUAGAUUAUUUUGAUAACGGAUACUUUAGUGAUAUUAAUUUUACAUUUGAUUGUGGUUCAAACAUUAAAGCCUCAAAAAUUAUUCUCGCUUCUUUUAAAAUACAUUUACACAAACGAAUUGGACGAAGGAUUAAAUUUGGAUGAACUUAAGGAUUUAUAUAUUGAAUCAGAUUUAAGAAAUUUAGAGGAACUUCGAAAGAUGGUCGCUAUUUCUAUUGGAGAGAUUAUGAACGUAGAAAAUUGGGAACAAGUAUUAAAAUUUGGUUAUGAAAUUGAUAAUGAAGGAAUUAAAUAUUCUGCCACAUUAUUUGGGAUAAAUAAUUGGGAAGAAAUUUGUGCAAAGAAACAACAUAAAGAAUUAACUUUAGAUAAUAUUUUAUCAUUAAAAUUAAUCUUACUUAACUUUGAGAAUACUGGAAAUCAUAAAAGUAAUUUCAAUAAUAAUUUGAAUUUUUUUAAUUUCAAGAAAUUCUUUGAAAAAUUUAAUUGGGAUGCUCGAUUUAU